AUGGAUUCGCAAACACUAAAGCAUUUGACAAAGAGGGAACUCCGACAUCUUCACUCGAUUGAAUUUGGAUCAAUGGAGGAGAAAGCUGAUGCAUGCUUUAUCGUAUCGACAACCAUGAGGGAGCUUCUACACUCAGACGUUAAGCAGGCAAGUCACAUAUAUCAUUUACUAACAGACGAGGAAAUGAAACAUGUAGUAUUUCGACAUGUAAUUGACACCGUUCAAUCAGAUGACGCUGCCAAGGUGUACAUGCAGUUUAUUGCACAGCCAAAAUCUCAUGAAACUCGUUCCAACUUCACCAAAACUCUCUUGAAAUUAUUGAAGUCGGAUGUGGCCCCAAAUCAAAAGUCAAGAACCUUGUUUGGGUUCUUUGAAAGGAUAGCUCAAACUGAAAUGGUGAAUUCAGUACCUAUCUUUCUCGAUGUCAACAUCUUCCGCAAUCUACUUGACAUUGUCGGUGAAAGCAACCAUUCAGAUCUAUAUUCAUACUUUUUACACUUAAAUAUAAGGCCCAAAUCAAAAAGUGUAUUUAAAAAGUUUCGUGGUAGUCUUUUGACAACAUCUCCAAGAUCGCAGUUCAUUGCUAAUACAGGAUACAUUGACCCCAAAUGGUACGAUUUAAACCAUACCAAAUUUAACCCAAUCCACGCAUCACGAAUAAUUGAAUUUUACUCAUUUCCUGAAUUGAAUGCAAUUCAUAACCACUACGUCAAUCAAAAUGACCCUGCAAGAGCAUCGUUGUUUUUGAGUUUUAUGGUAUCCAAACUCGAGAAGGAAGGUAAAAAUGAAUUGACUCAAAAGCCCGAGUCCUAUACUAAGGAUCGGGUUCUGGUGAUUCUCAACUGUGUUCUCAACUUGAUUAUAAAGUUUAAAAGUGUUUCGAGUGCAACGCAGAUUCUCAAGUUUAUGAAAAAUGAACAUUUCAAUGUAAAGCUCGACAGUCUUGUAUUGUUACUUAAAGUGCUGAGGCGAGCAAAGGAAUACGAUCAAUUUAUCACAAUACUAGCAGGAAUUCAGCUUGAUACGCUUAAACGGAAUGAGAGGAAUACUAUUGUCGAUGAGAUCAUGUUACUAAUGCGUGACAAAUUUCAUUCCUCUCCCAAAGUAAUCAUCGGAUAUGUAAGUGCAUUGUUUGGUGCUCCUCAACGACAAGGGUCUGGUCUUUACAUCUUGAACGAGCUUGGGAUAUUGAGUUUCCCUUAUGAAUCUACAAUUGCUGCAAAAAUCACAUCCACCGGGGUCGUACAAGCUGCAACAGUUGACAAUGCAUUGACGAACUCAAAAUUGACAAGUAGAGCCUUAUCAUAUGUGUAUCAAGUGCUAUUCAAUUCAAUGGACGUCACUCAAAGGCAUGAUCCCACUGUCAUUAAUAAGUACUUUCAAUUAUAUGUCAAUUACAUGGCUGACAACUCAGUAGAUGAACCGGAUGAUAAACCAUUGGGAGUCUUUCUAAAGUAUUCGCUUUAUGUUGACGAAAAUGCCGAACAAAAGUCCCUUGUUCCAUCGGGAAACUACUAUCUAGCAAGAACAAUCUUUGAAUAUUACAAGACAAUGCACUUUAAAGGGAAUCAGAUAUCAUCUACGACAUUGCGAAAGUUAUCGAACACAGCAAUCACAAAGUUCAAUGAUUUUGCAUUUGCCACAGAAGUAAUGCGAUUUGCGAAAGAGAACGGCAAGAUGCUCAGUUUUUACGAAAUAUUCCCAUUUAUCAAGAAGGCAGAUGAAAAUCGGGACACAAAAAGGUUUGACUUUUGGAUGAAUGAGUUGACCAAGAUGGGUGUGAAAGCGACAUCAAGAGAAUUGAAUGAGUUUAUCAAAUUUUGCAGAGAACCUGGACCAGCCAAAGAUGCAUAUAAAUACAAGUGGAGUAUCACAAAGCGUAGAAGAGACAACAGAAAGGCGUUGGAUCGGUUGGGCGAGGAUUUUUUGCCUACAACUGUAGGGAAUUCCACAGUGAAACUGUCCCUGGACAAGGUGACUGAGGAGAUUGUGCAACACGGCUCUUAG